AUGGGUGUGGUAUCAUCAAUGUGUAAACCUAAAAAACGAGGUAAGCAUAAUGCCAUCGUUUUCAAUGAUUAUACUCAAACAAUCAGUGCAUCACCGAGUCCAUCAAGUGAUUAUACACAAUGUUCUGCAAUGAGUCGUGAACCGACACAUAGUUCAUCAUUUGGCUACCAUUAUUAUUUACCACCGAAUCAACAAAUACGAGGACAACCAGAUUUUCCUCUUUUUUCAAGACCAUUCUUUUUACCUUAUAAUGGUGAAAACAAUGAUUCUUUUCGUCAUUCUAAUCCCUAUGUGGCUCAAGCUUAUAAUCAUAUAGAUAUACCAGCGCCACCAUCGAUCUUUAAUAAAGAUCGUUCGCGCACAAUACUAACAACAAAUAUUGCUGAUCUUUCUCCUGUAGCAUCAACAUCCGAUAUUAUUCAAACUACUGGUGAUGAAUGUCGUCUUGAGUCUAAUCGAACAUCAAGACAUGUUGAAUCAUCGAUGACAACAGAUAAUAAAAAUGAAGAAUCAAUUGAAGAAACUUUCGAUGACAAUUCUCAUCUAGUAAAACGUUCUGUAUCUGCACCAAUUGAUAUGUUCUUAAUUGAUAUUUCAAACGAACAAGUUCUCGCUGGUCAACCUGUUUCAGUAAACAUUCGUCAUUUACUUUUGGAUACAUUAGAAAAUCAUCAUACAAAUUCAUCAACACCAAUUCGUAUUGAACCAAAUUCAAUCACUACAUAUGCUCAUGAAAAUCUUCUCAAUUAUAUUCCGUAUGUCUGUGAAAAAUAUCAAAAUCCUACUAUCGAUUCUGAUCAAGUUACACGUAAUACACUUCAUGUUCGUAUACCAUCACAAUUUUCUCGUUCACUCAACAUUUUGACGUGA